AUGAACGACAAAAUGGUCAGUGAAAAAAAAGAAAAUAUGGACAAAGUAAUAAGAGAAGGUACCUUGAGGCUCCUAAUAACCGAGUCUACUUGUGAUGUCAUUUUAAGCUGCAGCGACCUCAGGCUCAUGGCCCAUAAGUUGGUACUGUCAAUUGCCAGUCCGGUAUUUAGGGAACUUCUUGGGAAAAGUUCAUCGGACACCACAUGUGUAAUAAUAUUACCUGACAUCAACAGUACUACAAUGUCCUCAAUACUCGACUACAUCUACACCGGUACCACCAUGGUCUAUAGACACUCUUUGGACGAAUUUAUUUCUGUUGCUAAAUUUCUACAAAUCAUUGUAGACACUCAAAAUCUAAAACAUGAUUUUUUUAAAAAGGACCUGCAAACAAAAACCGAGAAAAAAAUACCUGAUCUUUUACCAAUAGACUCGUAUAGGAAGAACACUCAAAAACCAAUGUGCAAUAUUGUAGUACCGAGUCCAUGGUGCCAAAGGGACGAUGGAAGGUUUUUCGAGGAUCCUAGGAUUGUUGCUUUAGGACGUACCAGUCCUAAUGAACUUGAGAUUCCUAAAUCCUAUCACGAAGACACCAAUAACAAUUUUCAAUCGACUCGCAAUAAAGAAGCUGCAAAACACCCUAAAAGUCUAGACACCAUUAUUCGCCAUCUUUACCUGAAUAAACCUGAAAUGCAGAAGCGUGAAAAUACUAAAGUGGAUUUGCCGAAAUUUACGAAUUUUCCUUUUUCCAGGCACUUAACUAAUUUGUUACCCUAUAGUGAAACUAGUGAAAAAACUGAAUCCUUACCUCAUCCGCAUCCAGCAAGAAAUCUAACCACUUCUUCGGACACCAUCGUUGCAGAAACUACAGUAUCUUCACCGGCCUUGAUUUCACCUUCUGAAAAAGAGCAUAAUGAGAAUUUAAGCAUUCACGAUGAUAACUCAAUUGAUAAGUCAAUAAAUAGUGAUUCCAGUCACGAUGAUAAAAACCUGGAAGAAAGUGAAAAUGUGAAAAAAAAGGCUUUUAGUUGUGAUGAGUGUGGGAAAAGCUUUAGCCAGUUAAGAAAUUAUAAAUAUCACAGAUCUGUCCAUGAAGGUACCAAAGAAUUCUCUGCAAAAUGUCCAGAAUGCGGAAAAACUUUCAACGACAGAGGAUAUCUGAGUAGUCACAUGAAAAUACACAGGGACAAAAAAGAGUACGCUUGCCCUGACUGUCCUAAAAGAUUCAACCAAAGAGUGGCCUAUAAUAUGCAUCUGCGAAUACAUACAGGCGUUAAACCUCAUGAAUGUCCGACUUGCGGCAAAAGCUUUUCAAGGAAAAUGCUUUUAAAACAACACCAAAGAGUCCACACAGGAGAACGUCCCUAUUCUUGUCCGGAAUGUGGAAAAACGUUUGCUGAUAGAUCCAAUAUGAGUUUACAUGCCAGACUACAUACAGGAGUUAAACCUUACGCCUGCACAGUUUGCCCGAAAAGUUUCACCAAAAAGCACCAUUUGAAAACGCACAUGAAUUUUCACACGGGCUUGAAACCUUACAAGUGUGAUAAUUGUGGUUUGGCUUUUUCGCAAAGUAGCAAUAUGAGGACGCAUUUCAAAAAGUGUAUUUUAAAGGAGAUUAAAAUUGGUAGCGUUGUUAAAGAGGAAGAAUUAGGAUCCACUGGCCAUAGUUCUUCAUAGGAAAAAUUUCUGGACUUUUCGAGGUUAUAUUGAUUUUGCAAGUAUUAUGGUUUUUACUACACACACCC